UUUUUUUUCUUCUUCUUCUUCUUCUUUCAGCUCUUUAUUAUCUAACAAAUGCAAUUUAACCCUUCUAUUCCCAAUACUUGGACUGCCAACUUCGAUACUGCAGUAGAACAAAAAAAAGCUGUGCCUGCUACAAAACCAGUACCUGAAAAGACGAAACGUAAACAAGUCAAAAAUGCUUGUGUCAACUGUCAAAAAGCUUGCAAAAAAUGUGAUGAUGGUAGACCUUGUAAACGUUGCAUUAAACUUGGUUUGACGGCUACCUGCAGAGAUUCUGACCGUAAAGAACGUAAAAAAGGUGUUAAGCGUGGUCCCUACAAGAAGCGUCAAGCUUAUAUUAAAGACAAGCCAGUUUAUCCUAAAUUGACAGAAGAACAAUCAUCUUGGAAAACACCCAUUUAUGAAAAUGUACCUCAAGUCUUGAGUCAUGCCAAGAUGCCUAGUCAUCCUCUUACGAUUUCAACCAUGGUCAGUCCUGUUUAUACACCACCUUUCUUUGAUGAAGAAGUUCCUUGUGUGCCUAGCCAAGGUUCUGGUUUGCAGUUAUUAUCUUCCUUGUCACCUACCAGUGCCAGUAGUUUUGAUGAAUUAUCGGAUGAAACGUUGCACUAUGCAUAUGGUGGAUACACAAACAAUAUGCUAGACCAUCACCACCAGACCAUAUCGGGCAAUGUUACGCCUCUUCAAGACGAAUUUUAUUCGUGGGAUGAUAUCAGCACACUUGCCUCACCAAUCGGCUCUACCCCGAUUUCCUCUUUUAACCAAUUUCCUAUGAAUUACCAAAAGGAAAUGACGACUCAUUUGUUCGAUUUUAAUAUGCCUGCUGCCACUUGGGUUGACAAUGACUUCUCAUCUCAUCCUAUUCCAUCUCAAUCACAACAAUUAUACCAACCAUGGUCAUUUUAAACAACAACAACAACAAAAGCAUUAGACUCAUUUUUUUUAAAAAAAAAAAAAAAUUACAAGAAAAAAAAAAAGCACCAUAUAGACAACACAUAGUAUGCUAAUUUCUUAUGCCAUUUCCUUUAUGCCUCCCGUUUUUUUCUUCGUUUUACUUCAUCAUUUUACAUCCAUUCAUACAUAUUUCUCCAUUCACACAUACUACAAGCAUCUUUAGAAUGUAUAUAUACACUCACAUAUCAUGUCCAUAUGUCAUUUUAUAAGCAUAUUAAACAAAGACAAAA